CUCCUCCGGUCGCACCCCCAAAACCGUCGUCCCCCGGUCUCAUCGCAUGGGAACGUUCUGCACAUGAGUCCUCAUGUGGUGCUGCUGCCGUCGACAAAGGUGGUCCUUGGGAGGCUCUGAGGUAUUGUCCUUUGAAGGCGAUGAAGGCGAAGGGAGCGGGCAACUCCGCGGCCGGUUCUUCCGACAAUACCCGGCGCCGCCGAACGGCCCCAAGGAAGACCACAAGGAGAAGAAGGUCAAAGACUCUGAAUGGAAGAAGGCCCUUGAGAUUGAAGGCAUUGACGAAGAGAACCCUCCAUGGGUUGAACACUCUGCCUUUGAGUCGACGGUGGGCGCUGUGAUCUUGCUGAGCACCAUUUGUACUGGCUUGGAGAUCGACUUGCAUGAGCAAUCAGAUCCCACCAUUUGGAUCAUCAUCGAGAAUUUCUUUUGCGUUGUUUGGAUCACUGAGAUGGUUGCAAAGCUUUGGGAGUUGCGAUGCCGCUACUUCCAGGAUUGCCUCAAUUAUGUCGACAUGUCCUUGGUGGUUCUUUCAGUCUUUGAUGCUUGGAUCAUGCCAUUCUUGGUGGACUAUGGCGGGGAUUUGGUCCUGUUCCGGCUCGUGCGCUUGGUUCGACUGCUGCGCUUGGUGAAGCUUCUUCAAGUCCUUCGGCGCUUUAGGAACUUGUGGCUCAUGGUGCGGGGACUCAUCGAGUCCGUCAGCACCUUGAAUUGGGUCAUCCUCAUGCUUUGCUUAGUGAUGUACAUUUUUGCCGUGUUCCUACGCCUGGCGGUGGAUUGCAAGGGCCUCUUCGCGGACUGGGACCCGGAGUGCGACCAGUACUUUGGAACGAUCCCCAAGAUCAUGUACACCCUUGUCCAAGUCCUCACGCUGGAGUCCUGGGCCAUGACGGUGGGGCGACCCUUGGUGGACCGGCAGCCCUUGCUGUUUAUCAUUUUGCUUCUGUUCAUUUUCCUGACAACCUUCGGCUUGCUCAACAUCAUUGUUGGCGUGAUCGUGGAAAACACGCUGAACAUUGCGCAGAGCGACCAGGAGCUACAGGACCGACGGUUACAGCGUCAGUUGCUGCAUGAGCUGGAAUUCCUCAGACAGGUCUUUGAGACCGCCGACUUCGAUGGGAGCGGGACCUUGGACCGUGAAGAAUUCGUGGAGAUUUGUCAACGCCAUGAAGUCAAAACGGCCCUCCUGCGCAUGGAGAUCCCGGCGGAGCAGCCUGAAGAGCUCUUCGACAUUUUGGACGAGGAUAACCUGGGGCAGAUCACCUUCCUGCAGUUUCACGAAAGCGUGAAGAAGGUGCGAGGUGUGCCAACGGCGUUUGACAUGAAGAACAUGAUGGUCUCCGUCUCCGACAUCUUGCGCCGGCAGAACCGGCUGCAGACGCAAUACGAGCGGACAGAACAGAUCAUUUAUGCCAUCUUUGGCAAGACCCCACCAGCUCGUACGCAAGGGCGGCUCACCUCUAUGGACAUGCAGGAUGCGGCCAAUAUCGCCCUACUACAGCGGAAGUCGGGAUUCGCCGCGCGGGCGCAGCUGAAGCGCGGUGGGUCGAUGGAGUCGAUGGAGAGCUGCUUCACCUACGCCACGGAGAGCCUGGGCCGACCCGCCUCAGCUGCCUCGCCCAAGUCCAUGAGGGCGGAGGACGCCUUCGAUAUUGGCCCAGGCCUCCAUUACCCCUCAGAAGCCUAGCUCCGCAUGCUCCGCUCCACGGUUGGUUCGCCUAGCUCGACUGAAGUGACGUCUGAAGUGACUGUGGCCGCCACCAUGGCUGUGACCGGUCGACCGUCUUAAGAUGUGUUUCACCACGAUGAACCCGUCGGGUCUCGCCCAGCUCGCGCUCCAAGAGCAGCUCAGCCACGGCCGGCCACGACGGCCACGAUGCUGUGCCGAUGAUUCGGUGCGGUGCCGUGACGUCUCGCGUUUCCCAGUGGACUCAGAUCAGGUGGGAUUGAUCGGUAAACAGUCAUCGGC